AUGGUUAGACGCGGUCCUCACAUGGCAUCUGAGAUAGCUAAUAAGUUUCAUUUUAAGGAUUUCGCGAAACUAGGCGAGUAUAAAAAGCGAGGAAUGACUAGGAGGAGAUUUGUUGCGGUUGCAAUAUCGUUCCUUGAAGUUGGGAAGCCUGGAUUUCUAAGGUCUAUUUUAAAGCAGAAAGAAAUGUAUUCCAUAGUCCUACAAGGCCUUGGUAAUGAUGAUUUGAAGGAUAAGAUCCUUGUUCUUGAUCAAUCAAAGGUUUCUCGUGGUCUAAGAAGAGCACUUUUUGGAGACGCUAGAGCAGCUGGCCAGCAUUACAGCAAGAGAGGAUGA